AUGGGCAACAUGGCAACAGAGAUCACUGCUUUUCUCCUGACCAUCUCUGGGUGGAUCUUGGUGUCAUCUACUCUGCCGACAGACUACUGGAAGGUAUCUUCUGUAGACGGGACGGUCAUCACCACAGCUACCUUCUGGUCCAACUUGUGGAAAACGUGUGUGACAGAUUCCACUGGUGUGUCCAACUGCAAGGACUUUCCUUCAAUGCUGGCUUUGGAUGCGUACAUCCAGGUGUGUCGGGGUUUGAUGAUCGCUGCUGUGUGUCUGGGUUUCUUUGGUGCCAUUCUUGCCUUGGUAGGAAUGAAGUGUACAAAAAUAGGAGGCUCAAAGACCACUAAAGCUCGGUUGACUAUCCUGUCAGGCUUCCACUUUAUUCUUAGCGGCCUCUGCUGCAUGACGGCAUGCUCCAUAUAUGCUCGCAGGAUCACAGCUGACUUCUUUGACCCCCUUUUUGUUGCCCAGAAGUAAAAGGAUUCCUUUCACAUGGAUCAAAGACAUAAUCAGAUGAAAGGAAGUCCAGUCAAAAAUAUCGUGUUUUUUUCUUUUUCUUUUCUUUUUUCCCUGCAGGUUUGAGCUGGGAGCCGCUCUCUUCAUUGGCUGGGCUGGAUCUGUGUUGUGCAUCUUAGGAGG